GAGUCAGCGUCAGCUGUGGUGGCAGCACUGCAGCAUGAUCACUCAUCACCACGCAACGCAUUCUUUCUGUUUUUUGCAAGUUCACGUUGAUCGUUGUGGCGGGAGUUUUGUUAUAACUGAGCUUUGAAUGAUGAACAAGUUCACCGUUUGCCAGCCGAAUCGGUACUAGGUUGCACUGCGUCCGAUUACAUUAUGAAGUAGUAGCACAUUUUGAAAUACUCUCUGGAAGUCGACGAAGCAAUGGAAGUGCAGCGAAUGGAACAAGCCACAAAGCAUGGUCUUGAUCACGUCCGCAAGAUACAGUUGCCAUUCAGAAAAACUCAGGUCUGCAAUGCCAGCACAAAAGCACUCGCACAGCCUCAAGUCCCAGGAACAUUGCUGAGCAGCAGUGCAAACGCUAAAAAUGUUACAGACGAAAAGGACGACGAGCCAGUGUUGCUUUAUUCAUACAUUCCUCAAGUUGAGAAGCACUUCAUCUUAGACGGCAAAAUAGGAGAGGGGACUUUCAGUCAUGUAUACAAAGCUCGGCUUAGGACAGGCAAGGAUAUUAGACAGGAGUUUGCCUUAAAGUUCCUCAUACCAACAAGUCACCCAUCCAGAAUAGCGAACGAACUCAAGUGCCUCCGAGACAUAGGCGGUUGCUGCAACGUGAUGGGCAUACUAACUUGCUUCCUGCAUAACGGCCAUGUUGCGAUCGUCAUGCCAUAUUUUCCUCACGAAAAGUUUUCAGAAUACGUGGACCAGCUCUCUACUGCAGAAAUUAAGGAAUAUGUCAGAAAUCUGCUCAUUGCACUCGAAAGGGUGCAUUCAUUUGGCAUCAUUCAUCGCGAUGUCAAGCCCAGCAAUUUCCUGUACAAUAGGAAACUUAAAAAGUUUGCGUUAGUGGACUUUGGCUUGGCACAGAGGCUGGAUGACAAUGAGACGUCAAAAGCCUGUAAUGCCAGGCCUUUUCAACCUCCACCGACUUCUACCACCAUACCAAGGAAAAGGACGCGAACGUUAAAUCAAGAAAAUCAGUGUUCAACACCAAAGAGGCCAUGCUUGCUUGGCAUUCCUGCUGUCAGUCCACUGCACCUGUCCAACUUGCACAACAUACCACCCACUAGCCUUGCAAGUGCUGAGGAAAAGAAGGCUUCACCCGCAGCACUAAGCAACACAGCGUUCAACAAACAGUCGUCACUGCUUUCCUCAUCUCGCCCAAGGGAAACGCCACGUCGUGGAAAAUCAAAGCUAUGUUGCUGCUUCGGUAGAAAUGAGGUGUGCAACAUCUGCCUAUCUAGAGCUGCCGAAGUGGCCCCAAGGGCUGGUACACCAGGGUUUAGAGCUCCUGAGGUCCUCAUGAAGUACAAAAACCAAACUACAGCAAUAGACGUGUGGUCGGCUGGUGUGAUCCUGCUUUCACUCCUGAGCGGACGCUAUCCCUUCUUCCGGGCCCAAGAUGACCUAACUGCUCUUGCAGAGAUAAUCACCAUCAUGGGCAGCACCGCUGUGCAAAAUGCAGCUCAGAAAAUGGGGAAGAGGCUGACGCUGAGCCACCAAAAACCGGCCCUUGACCUGAAGACCCUUUGUGAAAAGCUAAGAGGAAUCCAUGGUCAGAGUGCACAGCUGGUGCACAAGGAUAACGAAGAAGCUGCUCGACAACGGGAGGUUACCUUCCCGCACCCAGACAGUGCUUGUGACCUUCUGGGGAGAUUACUGGAUCCUAAUCCAUUUGUACGCAUUACAGCUACAGAAGCACUGGACCACGCAUUUCUGAAGGAAAUUUUGUAACGUUGGCAAUGCCAUAAUAAAUGGGUUUGUUAACA